AGUCUAAGGGUAAAAAAGAAAUAAGUUUUGCCAGAGAUAUCAACAUUAGAUGGAAUAGUACUUACAAAUUGAUUGCACAGAUCCUAAGAUAUAAAGAGGAACUUGCUGAAUUUUUUAGGGAUGAACUUCGUAUAAUCAUUAAUCCUUUUGAAUUUGUUAUUGUUGAAAAAUUGAAUGCCAUAUUAGAAGUUUUUAAUAACGCAACUCUUACUUUUUCCCAUGUUUACCAACCAAUUACAAAUACAUUUUUUAAAGAGUGCAUUACAAUCGCAACAUGUUUUCGUGAAAGUAUGGCUGAUCCAGAUUUGUACCCUUAUGUCUCUCCUAUGAGAGAUAAAUGGUGUACUUAUUAUUUGUACAUUCCUGAUAUUUAUAAAAUAGAAUGGAAAAAUGAAAGAGAUAAUGCUAUAACUCUUUUUGAGGAUUUGUUUAAGGAAUAUCAAGGGUUAUACGGUAUUGUACAAGAAGAAACAGCACCACCUCCGCCCCCGAAAUCAAAAAAAGGUUUUGCCGGCAUAGUCGGUGGCCUUCUUGCAAAGAAAGGGAAACGUGCCCAGUCUUCGACGAGUUCAAGUGGUACAACAGUAAACUCGCACAACGAACUUGCUAUGUACCAGGGUGUGCCAUGCGAUUACGAUGAUGACGAUGUCGAUUUUGACGUGCUCGGAUGGUGGAAGCGGAACGAACACAUGUUCCGAUGUCUCGGCAUGCUAGCAAGACAAGUGUUGUCCGUCCCAGUAUCAACCGUAGCAGUUGAACGAGAAUUCAGUGCUGACGGCAACAUUCUAACCGACUACCGAAGUUGUCUUAACGCUGAAUCUCUUGAAACACUGGUUUGCAACCAAGAUUGGCUCUUGGCAAGACGUCGGGCUCAAGAGUCAUCGUACCAACUCGAAUUGGAGCAUUACAUGAAUGCAACCACAGAUGGAAGUCCGAGUUCUGAAGAAUAAGUUAUAAAUUUUUUUUAUGUUAAUGUAAAUAUGUAAUUAAUUUUUUUAGGUGAGCGAUAUAUAAGCUCCUUCGAGUGUUUCUUUACGGUUCUUCACCUCGUCGCUUUUUUUGAACCGUCAGGAUAUUAAAUGUGGUUGUUCUUC